AUGACUCUGCACCAAACCACCGCCCACGCCGCACAGUUCAAAGACUGGUAUCCGUUUUACAUUGGCACCCUCACGCACGGUGCGGUUAAUCACCAAUGCUAUGCCAGUUAUAACCACAAUAUCACUCUAUAUGGAGAGCAAGACUCAGGAACAUGCAAGAAUAUGGUCGAUUGUCUUAUGGACAACGCCGGCGCGGUCAACGAAGCAGACUGGUCCUCUGCAAUUGUCAUACUCGGCUUGACGCCUACCAUCUUAGGCGGACUUAGCCCUACUCUCGAAGAAAAAGCUAGAAUGAGCUGGGAAAGUCCAGCUCUUGGAUUCCUAUGCGCUCUUGGGGCACCUUCAAGUCCAUUUUCGAGGCCGUGGACAAAAAUGACCAAGAUGCCGGUUCGUGCCUUUGGAAGUAGGAUUACCCGCCCCAAUGAUGUCACUUCCGCUGCAAUAGUCACAAUGAAAUACCUCUUUGCGGCGGCGGCGGCGGCGAAUGUCCUCCAGAAUGCUAUCAUGUUGGGCCGACAAACUAUCCUGAGCUGGAAGUGUACUUGGUCGUAUCUCGAAAUUGCAUGGAUUUUUCUGGCUCUUGUACCGCUUGGGUUCUCAAUUGCAAGUAUUAUUGUAGCGAGAAGAAGCGCAGGGAAGCAGAAACAGGAUAAGCAAGUUGUUCUCUUGGAUUCAUUAGCGAACAUCUUUGGUGCUGGGCACGUCACGUGUGGUACUGUGAUCCUCUCGGCGGUGCUUUUUAUCGGGACUCUUGAUGCGUUAGGGGUUUUUGCGAGAUUUGCGGCUUCGGCUCUUAUCUGUCAGCUUAUUACAGUGCUUGAACUAGAUGACACAGAUGAAAGGAAGGAAGAGAUAUGGCUACCGUUGAAACAGGGCCAACAUGCGGUGGAUGGGAAUUAA